UGAGUCCUCCUUCCCCGACGGUGAACCCAACAGGAAAGGCCCCGAAAUGCGCCGGCCAGCGGCCAUCCACUCCCCCGGCGUCCCCGGAGUCCCGCUGUCGCGCCACACCGCGUGACUCUGCCGCCCCCUGCGGUCGCCGGGCUAGUGCCUCUCUCCCGCCUCGACCUACAAGAGCUUGAAGCCCCAGGCCCCGCGGAGCUGGCCUCAGGCCUCACCUGCGCAGCCAUGGAGGCCCCGGCGCCUGGGGGCGACCGCGCCUCCCCAGCCUCGUCCACUCGCAGCCUGGACCUGCGGCGGCUGUCCGCGCGCGCCGACUCGGCCUACAGCUCUUUCUCCGCGGCCUCUGGCGCUCCCGAGCCGGCCACGCCGUCGCCUGGGACCGACCUCCUCCCUUACCUGGACUGGGACUACGUGCGCGUGGUGUGGGGCGGCCCGGCCCCCGCCAGCGGCCUUCGCACGUCCCCGCAGCCCCGGCCCGCGGCCGCCGCGCGCAGUGGGCCGCGGCCGCCGGAGGGCCGGGGGACGCCGGGGCCGCUCAGCCGGCAGGCCACCCCGCUGCUGUUUGCGCUGGCGGCCGAGGCGGAGGCGGAGGCGGAGACGGCGGCGCGGGCAGUCGAGCCGCCCAGCCCGCCGGCCUCGCGGGCCGCCUACCGCCAGCGGCUGCAGGGCGCCCAGCGGCGAGUGCUCCGGGAGACGUCUUUCCAGCGCAAGGAGCUCCGCAUGAGCCUGCCCGCCCGACUGCGGCCCGCGGCCCCCGCGCGGCCCCCCGCGGCGCACCCGCGCUCCGCCUCGCUCAGCCACCCGGGCGGCGGGGAAGUGGAGCCGGCGCGGCCCGGGGCUCCCUCGAGGGGAACCGUUGGCCGGGGGCGCCUAGCCACCCAGCAGCGGAAGUGGUGCUUCUCGGAACCAGGGAAGCUAGACUGCGUGGGUCGGGGCGGUGGAUCUGCAGGGGAAUGCUCGAGUGAGCCCGGCUCCAGUUCUGGCAUUGCCAGGCCCGAGCCCCAGGAGCGUAGGGUGCUGGCGGAAUUCGAAGGUCACCAGAACAGAUGGCCGCCUGAAACCCAGCCCCGGGGCGUAGAGGACCCAGAACCUCGGUCCCUGAAGCUCGGUGACGCCUAUAGACCUUCCAGUCGGAGUCGGAGUCGGAGCGCUUCAGGGGAAGUCUUGGCUCCCUGGGGAGGUCCAGGAGGGGUCAUGCCCCUUGUCCAGGCUGUUCCUCAAGGAGCAGAAACCCCCAGACCAUUGUUUCAGACCAAACUUGCCAGGUUCCUGACUCAAAAGGAAGCCGCAGUGGUGUGUCCUGCAGAGUAUCCCCAGAGCAGUCCUGUUGGCUGGGAACCGAGGGUCUUAGAGACAUGUAUGGGGGCUGCUGGGCUCCCAUCCCUUCCAGAUGAUGAGGUUUUCCUGGAAGAAGUCCCCCUGGACAGAAGGAGAUCACCUCCAGACACCCAUGCCCCCCCAGGAAACCCACUCAGUGUCCAUGUCUCUGACCAGCAGUAUGGAACUGGCUCAGGCCAGAGGGCUGACCAGGCUACAGUCCCUCUGGAGCACCCCCUCCAUGAGCACCCAGAGACUGCAGGGGCAGAUGACUGCUGGCAGAGGAUAAAUGGUUCUAUGGGUGUCUCUAAGACCAUAAACUAUAGCACCCUCAGGACUGCAAAUGGUGACAUCGCAACCUUUGACCCCAAUGGACGGCUGACCAUUGACUCAUUUGCAGCUGCAGAGAGUGACUCUCUCAAACCUCUCCCAGUUGAUGCCCUGGGACCUCCAAGCAACAAUACCCCAGGUGCUCCUGGCCAUACUGCCCUGGCUUGGGGCACUGGCCAGCCUGGUUCCAGGCCAACAUGGCCCAGUCCUCGCCUUGAGGAGCUGGUUCAGGAACUGGCCAGACUGGAUCCCUCUAUGAGUGACACUCUCACUUCCUGUCCCAGCCCAGACCCACCCCUGGACCUGCUAGAUGGGCUGAUUCCUUUAGCAGAGGUCUGGGCUGCAAUGAGGCCAGCCUGUGAGGAGGCUGGAAAGGAGGCUGCUCUGGCUUUGUCCCCAGGUUCUAUCUAUCUAUUUAGCUCCAGCCAGUUCCUGCCAACUUGUCAGGAGGAGACAAGAUUUGGAAACCAUACCACCUACCCUGUGCCUGACCAGGCCUGUGGCCAGGGUCUCCCUGAUCCAAAUAACAGCAUCCAAGCCAAGAAAAUGGAGCUAGCUGACCUCCUCCAAAAGAUGCUGCGGAACCUUCAGGCCGAGCAGGAGCAGCUGCACGGGGCGGCCCAGGCUUGGGCCAGGCGCGGGGCUGCUCUGGAGGCCGCGGUGGGCCAGGCCUGUGCUCCCCGCGACCGAGAGCGGUUCAGCAGGUUCAUGGCCGACCUAGAGCGCGUGCUUGGCCUGCUGCUGCUGCUGGGCUGUCGCCUGGCCCGCGUGCGGCGCGCCCUGGCCCGGGCGGGCGCAGACAGCGACCCGGACGAGCAGGCCUCUCUGCUGCGGCGACUCGGGCUCCUGCAGCGGCAGCAGGAAGACGCCAAGGAGCUGAAGGAACACGUGGCGCGGCGCGAGCGGGCCCUGCGCGAGGUGCUGGUGCGCGCCCUGCCCGCCGAGCAGCUGAGCGCCUAUCGCGCCCUGCUGGCCGGCAAGGCGGCCGUCCUGGCCCAGCGGCGCAGCCUGGACGAGCGGGUCCGGCUCCUUCAGGACCAACUGGACGGCGUCAGGAGCGACCUGGGCCCUCGUCCCCUGCCCCCCAGGCUGGCCUGGCCCCCAGAGACCCAUCUUCCAGAUAAACCGCCCUUCCUCCCGCCCCUCCUCUAAUUACAGGCGGUGGGGGUGGGGAGCACUGCCUCUGCCCCGCUCCCACAUCACGGGGCGUGACGCUGGUUGACUUGGUGCUUUUCCCUUGCCGGGAGCAUACUAAGUGUUUGCAUGUAGGCUUACCCACGUCGUGUGGAUUAUUUGGUAAUUAAUUUAUGGAUUUUUAAAACUGCAGUAUUCCCCCCCUUUUUGUGAGGAGAGAGGCUCUGUCUGGGUUGGUGGGAGGGAGAGGAGACAAAUCAGAGGAGCAUUUCAACUUAAUAUGCAAAAUGGUCUCUUUUUUCUUUUCUUUCUUAAUGAUAAUUGGUGUGAGGAGUGUGUGUGUUACCUGGAGCCUAGCUUGGGGGACAAAUCUUGUUUACAGACAAUGGACAGAAGAGGAAGGUGCUGGAGGACCUCAGAUCAGGUCUGGGAAUCCCUAGGAAGACCGGGAUACAGGCUUGAAGCCAGGAGGGACCAAGGGGACGCCAGGCCUUCCGGCUCCACUGGCACCAGUAAUCCCUACGGUUCCGGUGACUCCAUCACCACCGCAAAAGCCUGGGCCUGACUGGCCGACCCCAGGUCUCCUUUGCUGGUUUUUACCCAAGCCUCCAACCUCAAAAGUAGAAGUGGGGGUAACUGCUUCCCUUCAAGACUCAAGGGAUAGGGAAUUUCCCCAUACGCAAAAUAGGUUCAUUUGCUUUGCUGCCUAAAAACCUUGAGGAAUUCAGGGACAUUUAUUCCAAGACUCAGAAGUGAGUUUAUCCAGCUCUCCUUGGAAGCCCUACUGGAUCCGCCAGGCUUGAGGAGGGCUGUUGGGCAUGGGAGCUGAAGGUGAGGCAUUGGGAAACCUGGAGACCGAGAAUAGGGGGGCUGAGGACCCGGAGAGGCAGCUCUGCUUGUGUGCUAGAGAGGCUAAGCUGGGGGUGAACCGGGGCUGGGAGUGGGGAGUUAGGGGCUGGUGUGGAGUGAAACGGAGGACACACACUCCCCUCUGUUUGUGCAUCAGCCCUGUGUGCACAGAGUCAAUGUUAAGUUCUCAAAUAUACAUGUGAAAAUGUGCUUUAGUAUUUGCAGCUGCACACGCCAGGGCCAAGAACAUUGUUCAUGCAAAUGUUGAGUGUAUUUUUUGGAAGUUGGGCACAUUAAAAGGCAUGUGUAUGUGUAUUUAAAGCCAACUGACCCCAAAGUGAGAAAUCUCUGCUUCUGGGCUUGUUUUCCGAUGUGUAUUGUCACUAAGUGCAACUGGUUGGGAAUUUUAAAUGGUUGUAUU